GGGGCGGAGUGAGGGAGAGGGAGGCGGGGAACGAGUCCCGGACAUGUUGCGGCUCCUGCACAAAGUUCGGCGGGUUUUCUGCUGGGAAUCGGUCGCUCCGCUCCCGCCGCCCUGCCUGUAAUCCCGGAUCCCGGCGCCUGAAGCCCCGGCCGGCGCCGGCAACAUGCGGAGCUCGGAGGAGGCGGACGGGGUGGAGGGAGAGGCGGCCGGAGCGUCGAUGAUGAGCGCGGCGGGCAGCCCGUAUCAGCCCACCACGGAGCCGGUGCUGCCCGGCCGCCGCCUGCACCUCCGCUGCGACACCGACUACCUGCGCUCCUCAUUCGGCCUCCUCAAGCUGCUGCAAGUGCUUCUGGCACUGAUUGCUUUCAUCUGCAUUGAGACGGUGAAGGAGUGCCUUCCCUGUGGUGGGCUGUACCUCUUUGAGUUUGUCAGCUGCACAGCAUUCGUGGUCACUGGGGUGUUGCUCUUGAUGUUCUGCCUCAACCUUCACACCAAGGUGCCACAGAUCAACUGGAACCUGACGGACUUGAUCAACACCAUCCUGAGUGCGCUGCUCUUCCCCAUUGCCUCCAUCGUCCUCACCGCCAUGAACCAUAAGAGGAGCGGGGAGAUCGCCGCUCUGGUGUUUGGGUACCUGUCCGCCGCUGCCUACCUGCUCAACUCCUACCUGGCGAUCAAGGUGUGGCGUUUGAGUGACCGGCGGCCGGCAGCUGUGCAGGCCAGUGAGUACACGCGGGCACGAUCCGAGUCCCGUGGAGAGGUGGAGGGACGGCCCGAGGUACAGCGGCUGGACGAGUGAGGGAGCUGCCCCCUCCCUUCUACUCCCCCCACCCCCCCU